GCUUAGAGAAUCAGUUACGGAAGGUCACGUAAGUGGUUCAGUAGAAGUAAAACAUGUUGACAAUUAGAAACCAAAAUGAGUUUCAUGCCAUAUACUAUGCAGACGUAUACUUCAAGAUGAUUUAUCAUCAAGAAUAAGUUGGUGCCUUUGAAGAUGCGGUUUUUACCACCAGCCUUGAAUCUGAAUGCCCUCCGUAGAAGACGACGUGUCCACUGAAUGUCCCGGCAUUCCGCAAAGCGACGAGUUUCCUCCAGCAAAAGAUAAGGUGUCACCAUGAUUCCUAGCAUAUAGAAUACGAAACUAAGACACGUGGGCGGUGCUGAAGAAAUUCCGGUGAAAACACACAUGGUCCAGCAAAAGAACCAAAAGCAUUGCCUCUUGCCACCUAAAGAAGCGCUAGUUACAGUUCACCCGAGUUAAGCCUGUCGCAACUCACGCCACCAUCUUUCAGUGCUAUCAGUACUUUGAUUUAUACCAGUCUUUACACACUGAUGUUGACCACGCAUUGCUCCAUGAGGUACUGUAAUCAUGGCUUCAAAAUAUCUGGUACCCGAACAGCAAAACUUUGUUCGACUAUCAUUAGCCUGUGUGGACGAAAUUCGAGAAGUGUUGGGGGAUAUUUUACACUCUCAGAUACCACCAGAAAAUCUCCUCAAGGAAAUCCAAGCAAACAGGACAUUGUUAAUCGGAUAUCAAAAGCUAAGUCCGGAACAACUAAAGCUUUGUUAUAUCCCUGGUCCUCUUGUUCCAAACUACCAAUGUUUUGAUAUCACCUUACUCUACAAGCUCAUCCGGAACCUGUGUUCAACAUUAAAACCUACUCGAGGGUGGGGUGAAAAACCUCACCCGACAGAUAUCAAACUUGGGGAUGAUAUCGAACGGCUCAGAUUCUUUAGAAAUAAAAUUGUUGCACAUGCGGAAAUUUCUAGUGUACCAGAUGAUGUAUUUGAUUCCAAAUGGAAUGAGCUGGAAAACACUUUUACGAGAAUAUAUGGAUUUUCCCCAUUAAAAGGAAACAAGGAAGGUAUAUUACGACGACUUGCAUGCAUCAAAAGAGCUGACUUUGGCUGGCAGGAAUACGAAAAGAGCCAACUGCGUUUGAUGUUUGAAUAUUAUAAGUUUAAAGAUGCUCCAAAACUAACAAUAAAAGGCGAUGAACGAAAAAUAUGCGGAGAAAUGGCAUGUUUUGAGGCAAGGUAUGCAAAUGGAGAUAUGUCCAAUAACUGGCCUAUCACGUGGCAGAGAAUUAGAGGAAGCACAACAGAACAGUUAGACAUUGGCACAGAGAGGUACAGGGGUAGCUCUAGUCAGAUGUUAGUGAUUGCAAGAGUCUCAAAGGAAGAUCAGGGAGAGUAUCGGGCGACUGUAUUACGUGAGGUGAAUGGAACUCACGUUCAAAUUCCCAGUAAUUCCAUCUACCUUACGGUUACAGGAGAUUUACCGAUUUUGGAGAUAGAAAAGGCAAUAUCUGAAGACGACAGAAUAACCAUUCAUUAUAACGUUAGUAUCGACGAUCAAUCACCAGCUGUGCACAGCGUUUUGUGGACCAAAGAUGGAACACGUUUAGAUACAAAUGCAGAUAAAUACAGUGGUGGACAAUUCAUUGAUAGGUACUUAACGAUGCACUCUCCAGCGUCGACAGAUAUUGGUCAGUACAAUUGUGAAGUUUUCAAUGCCGUUGGAUCCGUCACAAAGUCCAUAGAUCUGAAUCUACCUUCCGUUUCCAUUGCUGAGGAUCUCCAAGUAGCAGUUGGAAAUCCUGUUAUCAUUAAAGCUACCAUUCAGUCUUGUCCAACAUCGGUAUCAGCAAUAUGGCAGAAGAAUGGCAAACUUGAUUUGGAAGAUUUCGAAAAUCUGGACAUUGAUGACUUCAAAUAUCUCGGGAGUAAAAAUGAUCCUGAAGAUCCGAUAUUAGUUAUACCGAAAACAACGCCUGAAGACGGAAUAUAUUACCGUAUCCUUGUGUCCAAUGGGAUGGGCCAAAGGUCAAGUAACAUUAUUUGCUUGAAAGUCAUAGGAGAUGUUCCGUCGUUAAAUGUUCACCAUGAAACAAGUGUUUUGGAGAGAAGUGUUACGUUGGUAUGUAAAAUGGUUCUGCCUAUCAAUUCGCCGAAUGUUUCGGAUGUCUGUUGGACAAAGGACGACAUAAAGAUUGACAUUUUAAGAAACGGGGAAAAAUACUCAGGAGGAAGUAUUGUUGAUCCCUCACUAACUAUCAAAGAUGUGAACUCCAACGAUGAAGGAAGAUAUCAGUGUUGCGCAUCGAAUCUCAUGGGAAACAUGUGGAGUGAAAAAAUUCAUCUGGGUCUACCUACAAUUGAAUUCGAUAAUCCAGACUUGAAUGGACUUCAUGAAGGAGUAACCUACAACGCUGCGAUCAAAUCCAUUCCUGUUGCUCUCAGGGCUGAAUGGAAAGUCAGACAAGAGCCUAGUGGAGACUUUCAAGUAAUUGAUACGCACAAUCCGUUAUACAGAGGGUCUACGGUAGCCUUGCCUCGUCCGAGGCUAGUAGUCAACAUAUACGGAUCCGAACAGCUGCAAUCAUUUCAGCUUGAAGUUUUCAAUUUCAUUGGAAGUAGCAGAAGGGAUACAUAUGAUCAAAUUAUGGACAGUUCUGGGUCAAAUAUAAACCAAGAGGUUUCAGAUCCCUUGAAAAAUUUUUACAAGAAAAGAGGGUCCACCGUACUGUUUGCCAACCUCAGUAACAACCUCGCAAAGUCAAUUCCAGAAGACAAACUUGAUGUACUCAAACACAUUCUUCUUGGGCUAGGAGAAGUUGAUAUGGAAUUAAUAAAGAAGGUGAAAUCUAUCAGGGAAAUGUUCAUACUUCUUCAGGAGAAUAAACUCUUCACACAGACAGAUGUAAUAUUGAUGCAGUAUUUACUCAAACAGGCCGAGUGUAAAGAUUUGAAUAAUGAAUGCAUAAAAUAUGCUAGAAAACAGAGAUCACUGUGCUUCUUUGAAAAACCCCCAGACAAUGGUUUCAAGCAUGUACAGAUCCACGUAGAAGGAGAUGUUAAAGGAUACUCAAACGAGGAUAUUCAGAAGAUCAGAGAAACAGUUGUCGCUUUUCUGGGCUGCGAAGAUAGUGAUGUUGUGAUAGAUGGAAUUCAUCAUGAUAAAAGCUUUGUUGUAGUUCUAGCCAUCAAGGAAACACUCGUCAACAACAUGGUACAUAUGGAUCAACAACACAUUGAGAAACUCUGUAAUUUCAAAGUCGACUAUUUUAUUUUGUACAACAAGACGUAUAGCAUGGAAGGUCUUCUGAAAGACGGGGCCAUGGCUGACGUCCCAGGACCCUCCACCGCUCCUUACUUCAGUCCCAGGAAAGAGACGGAGAAUUUCUCCCGCCUCUGUCAGCUCAUCAUGACCAUCUGUAGCGAUUUGUUCAGGGACAUUCUCAGUCGUUACAUCAAACCAGCUGGCCUGAGGUUAGAGCUAGAUAACAACAGAACGAAGCUGGAGAGAAUCAUGAACGCUCAGCAGAAGGAACAGAUUUAUCCACCGUCUGGUACCACUACUCUCACCUCUAAAGACUUGGAUAUCUCUGUCCUGUACAUCCUAUUAAGGAACAUCUGCAAGAUUCCAAAACAUCAAAAUGGAUGGGGAAACCCCCCACUGGAUACUGACACGCGUCUGGCGGCCUGUAUAGAGCGAAUCAGAAUUCAGAGAAACUUGAUUUCUGCACACUCAACCAUUGGCGAAAUAGAAGAUACAGUAUUUCAAGACCACUGGGACAAGCUGAAGAACUCAAUACUGGAAAUUGAGAAACAGUUAAUUGGUGGUGAUAUGUAUGCACGGGGAGUGGACGAGUUGCUGUCGUGUGACCUUAAUCCUACUAGAGCGGAGAAGUAUGUGAAAGAAUUCAAAAACAUUCAAGAAAAAAUGGAAAACUUUGAGAGUUCCCUGAAAACAACUAGAUAUCAUGUGGCUGUAAAACGAGUAAGAAUGAAGAUUGAAAGGACACAUAAACGUCAAUUAGCUGUGAAGAAAGCUCGCCUGGACAAAUUAGAGAGACAGUCGUCAGAUACCAGUCAGGGUAUUCAUGAAACGUUGACCACCGUUCAGGACUCCAUAAAGGAUCUGGAGACAACAUUUUUGUCAACCUUACAAGGUAGAAUGGCUGCACUGGAAGAAAACCUACAAGCUAGAUUUGUCUCGCCGGAAAGAAACCAAGCUAGAUUUGUCUCGCUAGAAAGAAACCAAGGAAAUGAAGGAUAUACCAGAUCUCAACAAACACUACCUAAUCAGAAACAGGACCACGAUAAUGGAGAAGAAGGACCUAAUAUAUUACACGAAGCCUGCAAAACUGGGGUUCUAGAAACGUGUGAAUAUCUUAUCCAAACAUACCCUGACCUUCUACACAGUGUAAAUAAUCAUGGAGAUAAUGCUGCUCUACACGCCGUUAGAGGAGGAAAUGUUAAAAUUCUACAACUACUGGCAGAUAAUGAAGUAGACGUCAAACAUAAAUCCAAUGACGGCUGGAACAUUCUUUACGUGGCAUGUGUCUACUCGAACUUAGAAAUGAGUCGUUAUAUCAUCCAAACAUACCCUGACCUUCUACACAGUGUAGAUAAUGCUAGAUGGAAUGCUGCUCUAUACGCCGCUCGAGGAGGAAACGUUAAAAUUCUACAACUACUGGCAGAUAAUGAAGUAGACGUCAGACAUAAAAACAAUGACGGCUGGAACAUUCUUCACGCGGCAUGUGUCUACUCGAACUUAGAAAUGAGUCGUUAUAUCAUCCAAACAUACCCUGACCUUCUACACAGUGUAGAUAAUGCUAGAUGGAAUGCUGCUCUAUACGCCGCUCGAGGAGGAAACGUUAAAAUUCUACAACUACUGGCAGAUAAUGAAGUAGACGUCAGACAUAAAAACAAUGACGGCUGGAACAUUCUUCACGCGGCAUGUGUCUACUCGAACUUAAAAAUGAGUCGUUAUAUCAUCCAAACAUACCCUGACCUUCUACACAUUGUAGAUAAUGAUGGAUGUAAUGCUGCUCUACACUCCGCUGCAGGAGGAAACGUUAAAAUUCUACAACUACUGGCAGAUAAUGAAGUAGACGUCAAACAUAAAGCCAAUAACGGCUGGAACAUUCUAAACGUGGCAUGUGUCAACGCUAACUUAGAAAUGAGUCGUUAUAUCAUCCAAACAUACCCCGACCUUCUACACAGUGUAGAUAAUGAUGGCGGGACUGCUGCUCUACACGCCGCUCGAGGAGGAAACGUUAAAAUUCUACAACUACUGGCAGAUAAUGAAGUAGACGUCAAACAUAAAGCCAAUGACGGCUGGAACAUUCUAAACGUGGCAUGUGUCACCGCUAACUUAGAAAUGAGUCGUUAUAUCAUCCAAACAUACCCCGACCUUCUACACAGUGUAGUUAAUGAUGGAUGGAAUGCUGCUCUACACGCCGCUAGAGGAGGAAACGUUAAAAUUCUACAACUACUGGCAGAUAAUGAAGUAGACGUCAAACAUAAAAACAAUAAUGGUUGGAACAUUCUUCACACGGCAUGUAUACACUCUAACUUAGAAAUGAGUCGUUAUAUCAUCCAAACAUACCCCGACCUUCUGCACAGUGUAGAUAAUGCUAGAUGGAAUGCUGCUCUAUACGCCGCUCGAGGAGGAAACGUUAAAAUUCUACAACUACUGGCAGAUAAUGAAGUAGACGUCAGACAUAAAGCCAAUAACGGCUGGAACAUUCUUCACGCGGCAUGUUUCAACGCUAACUUAGAAAUGAGUCGUUAUAUCAUCCAAACAUACCCCGACCUUCUACACAGUGUAGAUAAUGAUGGAUGGAAUGCUGCUCUAUACGCCGCUCGAGGAGGAAACGUUAAAAUUCUACAACUACUGGCCGAUGAUGGAGUGAAAAAAUAAACAGAAAACUAGCAUAAAUUGGUGGGUUUAUUUUUACUUCGACUAGUGAGUGCAUAGCGUGAAAUCCAUGUUUGUAGAAAAGUUAUAACUAAUUGAUAAAUGUGCAUCUCCUUUAUAGAGUUGGAUAAACAAUCGCAAUGCUUCGAUGUCUAUAUUGUUCUUAGAAUGUAGUGUUUUCUUUCAAUACCAUAAUGAUCUGUGUAUGACAGAUAGAGAGAGGGAGAGAAAAAAAAAAGAGAGAGAGAGAGAGAGAGAGAGAGAGAGAGAGAGAGAAUUACUAUAAGCAUAAAGAAGACAAAAUGCCUGUAAUAUUGUAUACUUUGAAAACAUGAGAUGUGUCCUUUAAGCCUUGUUAGUUACCUAUGUAAACAUUUUUGAUCAACUAAACAUGAAGUAAGAAAUAAAUCAAUCCACUGAUGGAUUUAGAGGGUGUCCCCCCCCCCCCCCCUCCCAUUUUUUUUUUAAAGUUUAGGUUACAAAUCAGUGCGUACUAUAAAAGGGGGAAAUCAAAUCAUAUCUAUAAUGAUUGAUUCUAAAAGAUGAAUGUCAAAAUACAUAAAGUCUUUAACUCCGUCACUUUAGGGAAACUCUGCUCAACUUGUAAACGAAUGUGAUUGUGUCGUCUUUUUUUUUCAUGCAGAAAAUUUACAAUGAAAUGCCGAUAAGUUAUAACAGUCAAUUCAAAAAUAUGUCAAAAACAAAUAACAAUAAAUGAAUAUGUGAUGUAUUAUAUCUAUCAUAUUUCAUGUGAAAUCAGAUAACACCUUCCCUUUCACGUGCUUUCACAUCGAUUCCUGCGUCGCAGCGACAUUCUUAUUUUCACCCGACAGCAACUUUUAUGAAGGUUUAUGCCAAGGUUAAAGAUGAUAUACAAUAUUUGAUAAUUUGGCUAAAAUAUUUAAAUUUUCGUAUAGAUUUGCCCUGAUGCACUACACGUCGGAGAUAAUGUUAGCGCGACAUAAUUACAUGUAAAUAAAAAUACGGUAUAUUAACGUUAUUUAUUUCUUUUGUUGAUACUUUUCUUAAAAUACAAUUCAAUAAUUUUUCAAAUCUUAAAAUUGAUUUAUCUGUUUGCAAGUUUGAGAAACAGGUACAAAAAAUGUUGCCAUACUGUAGAGGGCCCUGGUGACGAAGUUGGGUUAGUUGGACGAUACACACGAAUGUGAUACACGUUCUAUUUACAUUGUUGUUAUUACUAAGUGUAGGAAAUAAAUCAAAAAAAUAAUUCGGAGAGUAUUGCGGUGUGUUUUCCAAUUACUGAUGUUUGGGUAUUCGGGGAUAUAUGUAUAAGAUGCACAUAUGUCGGUCAAUUCUUAUGUCACACGGGAAAAAAUAUAUGUACUCAAAUCACAGCUUAAUGACGAGCAAAUAAGUUUGACUAGAAAGAAAUUUACUAAUGAUAAAUUUUGCCUCACUUGAGUAGUGUUGAUAAAUGUGUGUUUCUGUUUGUAGAGGGGGUGUAAUUUCACCUAUGACAGCUAAUUAUAUGUAUACAGCUUUAGUUGUGCUCCUAUUUUUAAAAUCUAACAUGUUUUUUAAACCCCGGAUUCUGAUACAUAUUUAUGACACUAAUACUCCUAUUCAACAUUUACUUUCAUUUAUAUAUAUAUAUUAAGGGCCAUAUUUUGGAGUUUGUGAAUCAGGUUCUUUUACUCUUAAAAUCACUAAAAUUUAGGAGCUUCCGGGGGCUUCGCCCCUGGUGCCCCACCGGGGCUUUGCCACUGGGGUCUCAGGGCGGCUCCCAGACACCCUGCCUCGGGAAAAAAAAUCCACACCCCCUAACCAGAAUUUCUGGACCCGCCCCGGCAAUAAAUAUAUAUAUGUUGGAGAAAAUUGGACAAAAUAUACUGCAAGUGAUAUGAUAUUUGAUGGAAAACUUUUACUUCUUGAAAUACAUGUUGCAUACUAGUAAUAUUUUAUACAUUUUGCAUGCGGCACGUGAUGGUUAGAGUAUAUGAAGAGAACAAGUCAAAGGCUGUUACGGAAUGAAUUACGGAAUGAAUAGAUGUAUAAUGCUCUAAAUAUUCUAAAUAAACAUCACACUAGUGUUA